AGAAUUGCGCACAACACCGGAAAAGCCGAAUCUGUGAAUAUCUUUCUAACUUUACUGAAGUCAUCACACAUGGAUUCUUUUCCGUUCUCAGUCUGCUACCCCAACCACAUUACGAUCCAACAUGGAAGGGAUCUAAGUUUAAUUUUCGUUCUUUUUACCUGUGGAUCAUCGUUUCAGAAAGGUCUAGCAGUUUUGAUUCAAACCCAGCAGACUGUGUUAGCAGCAGUGGGAGAAGAUGCUCCUCUCAGCUGUCUCCUCCUGGAAACUAAAGAUGUCCAGCAGGUCACCUGGCAGAAGGUCUUGGGGAACAAAGAGAGGAACAUCGGCUCCUACAGCGAGUAUUUUGGUCAAACAGUGAAUUCUGACUUUAAAGAUAAAGUUCAGUUCACAGAAGCUGGACUGCAGAAGACCUCCAUAGUCAUCAGGAAUGUUACAGAGCAGGAUGAAGGAUGUUAUCUCUGUUUGUUCAACACCUUCCCUGAUGGAGCUCUGACAGGGAGAACCUGCCUGGAGGUUUAUGAGCUGCAUGGACCCGUCCUUGAUGUCAGCAGAUCAAGCUCUCCUGCAGGGUCAGUUGUGUCCUGUUCAGCCACAGGUCGACCUGCUCCCACUGUAACACUGACUGCUCCACAGCAGAACCUCAGCUUGUCCCUCUACAACACCACCAGGGUGAGCAACAGCAACGGUACCGUCACCGUCACCACCACAGCUCUGCUGUCAGCUUCCAGCAGCACACAGGUUGGAUGUUCAGUGUCAGUUCUCUCUGCUGCUCCCAGAGAGCUGCUGCUCACCGUUCCUGGACCCUCACAGAGAUCUGAUGGUGGUUUGGAUGAAAAAUCUGGAUCAUCUGACAGAGGCUGCAGAUGGUCUCUGAUUAUUCCAUUCCUGAUGGCUGCUUUCUGUAUUUUUAUUUUCCUGUUCAGAAAAGAAUUUUACAAAAGGAAUAAGAAACCUUCACAGGAAGCCACAGAGAAUCAGAGGCUGGAUGGACCACCUCUGCCGGACAGCAUAGAGCUCAGACUACGAAUACCUGAAAAACUGAGGCAAAACAGCGAGUCCCAACCAUCACCAUGACGACAGGAACACGUACUUUUAGCAAAUGUUUAAUUAUCAACACUAACAAAACAAUGUGUGGUUAGAUUGAGAAGGCAGCUAAACAUGAAAUAAAUUAGAUCAGCAGUUAACAGUUCUAGUAACCAGACUGUUACACACUCCCAUGAUCAUCUUCUGAUUGUUUACAACUACUUAACUGAAUCUUGUCUUAAUUUUUUAUAAAAUGGUGCUUUAUUUGGUUUUAACAUUUGUUCACUAUUUAUAGAUUAUUUUUUUUUUACCAAAAAUGAAGAAGUUUGACUGCCCUGCCUUGUCUUGAUACAAGACGUUUAAAAGGGGAGAAAAAUCUGUUUAUUUUUGAAGGUCAAUGUAUUUAUUUAGAUAAGGGAUAUAUAGUAAAUGGAAUGUAUUCCUGAUUUUGGUCCGGGAGAACAUGUGACACUGAAGCAUGUUCACUAAAUGAUGCUUAUACUAUAUUAUGAAUACAUUUUGUCAGGAUGCAGCUUGUAGGCUGCAUGCUGAGCCUCCCUUCCUCUCUGUCUUCCCUGCGCAGCCUGAUU